AUUUCCGUCUCGUGGUUCCUUGGCCUUGCAGCGAGCAUGGAUGAACCUUGUUUGCUUACGUGUUCGGCAUUGUCACAGGAAAUUUGCAGCGAAGGCAAAGACAAACAGGUCAGGAGAGUUGCGCUGUUUUUCCGUGACCGUGUAGUUGAGUAAGUACAAAAGUUGUACUUGGAGAGAUGCUCAUUUAUUGAGCGAAAGCAGGAGACGAGACGCUGAAACAUCAAGCAGUGCGGGUCGGUACUUAUUUUAUUUUACGAACACCUCAAUCAAUCCUGCGACAUAGAUAGCAGUCUCGGCCAUGGUGUGAGAGCUGUGAUAAGCCACACAUCAAAGAAUGACGCCCGGUGUCGACGUGUGGCUUCUGGCAGCUAAGAGCAGGCGUGCCGGCGACACUAUCGGGCCCGCGUGCAUGUCCGGCCCCUCGCCAGCGCCGGGUGUUGUUCAAAACGAGGUGUAGUCGUGAGGCUUCGGCCAGCAGUUUAUUUUGCACUAUCUGCGCCGCUUGCCCAAGUAACGCGGCGUGGACAUCACCAGCAAUCAUGGUGCGUCUCGGAACUAGAAUUCUGUUGGCGCCGGUGCUGCUCGGUUGUACUAUCAGCAACUAUUCUUCCCCGUUCUACGUCCACCUCGUGCAGGCUGAAGAGCUGUCCUCCUGCGAUUGCAGCUGUUGCACCGUGGAGAAGCGGGAUGAGGUCCCCGCAGAGCAAAUUCUGGACGGAAAUCUGAACACCGUGGAGAUUGAGUGCGACGUCCGGGUGGUGGUGCCGGAGGACCUAGCGCACCUCCACUUCCUCGCGAAAUCGCAGCUCCAAGCAUGCCAGGCGAAACGAUGUCUGCAGCCCGCGGCCGACAUGAUUCUCGAGGGCGCAUCCAGCGAUGGCGAACUCGACCAAGAGCGGUAUCCAUCUAUUGGUUCUAUGUAUCUUCAGUUUGCUACGAGGUAGGACUUGCUUUGUCAUCAAUGAAUAGCGCUCGCGGCAUUUCGUGGCAAUGUAGCACCUGAAGAAAUCCAAAACCAGAAACAAGAUUUAGCAAUCAUCUCUGUCUCCGUCUACGUGUUACAGGUUCUGCCGCGCCGAGUGCGCCCCCACAGCCGCACACAAGGGAGCGGAUUGCUCACGGAAGCCGAACCGCCCGGAUAGCGCGGGAGAGCGGGCGUUUGUCCAUUUCGCGAAAGUUGUAGCUCCAGUAGUUGUGGGGGCGAUACCGAACAACGCGGACAUGUCCCUCGUGGAGGCCGGGCGCAGGGAGUUAGGAACGAGUGCUGCGCACCAGAGUCGGGCUGGGAAUGAAUACAAGAGCGAAUUCAGUAUAGGAAUCAAGACGAAAAUAAUGACAGUACACACAGACGUGUAAAUUGAAAAGAAUCAAUCUGUAGCAGAAGAUCAUGAAGAUAAAGCCACUUACUUAAGUAGAAUGAGGUCAGGCCGAAUUUUGACUCUACUUACACGGGGGACACGUUCUAUCCCUCCGCCUCAUCCCCCCAAGUCAGUAAAAAAUCUAAAUCACCACAGCAAAAGCUCUGGAGAAGCUCCUGGUGAAAGGGAAGGCCGUGGCGCAGGACGGAGAGCAGCUCGCGAAAGAGGCAAGUGCCGCGGCGAAGAC